GCCGCACGCGGCAUCUUUUUGGCGGCCAUCACAACGCAGAACUGAAAGUCGCAAGCUAAAACGCAUAACUUAAUGUGUUGACAAAAAACGCGCAUUUAGAUUUAAAUAAUAAGAAACUAAACAAUUUGAAAAUGUCCACAAGCGCUGCACGAGUUUACAUACAAGUAGAGAGCGAGGCCGAGCAGCAGGAGCAUCUUAAGCAACAACGUAAAACAUUAAAGCCCUUACAGGCUAACGCGAACGCUAACGACAAGGAGAAUUUAACGGGACUCGGCGGACGCGUCUCCAUCGUGGAUCAGCUCAGUCGUUUAAAAGCCGGCGUCAAUGUAACGCCCAAAUAUGGAAAACGCAAAUGCGUCGAUACAGCUGUCACAACAACAAUAACAACGCAGGACGCCGAUACACAGACCGAAGAAUUCGCGUCCACCAACGAUGCAGAGAAGCCCAUCACAGCGGAUGAUCUGACAAGCGAGAGCGAACCGGGUGAGAACUACUACAAACUGCUCUCUGAGCAGCGACGCGUAGCUCUAGAGGAGACCCUCAACGAAAACCGCCAUUUGCACGAGCGCAUCGAAGGACUCGAGGAAGAAAUGGACACAAUGCGCAAAGAACUAGACGAGGCUAAGACGCUGGUGGAAGUGCUCAAAGAGAUAUGCGACGAGGAAGAAAAUGAUGAACAGACGCACUCAGAGGAUGUACACGAAUAGUUAUAUGAAAUGCUAAAUAACCAAUAAAUAUAUUUUUUAUGUUUUUAAGUCAUAUUAUAUUUUGAAAGUAGCAGUAGUUAAUUCAUU